AUGCGUGCAAAAACCGAUUCUUCUUUCUGUGAAUAUUUGAUGCAAAUUGGAAAUGGUAAAGAAAAGACAAACAUGAAUGACAAAAUAAAAAUUUUGAGGUCUUUCAUUGUUCUUUAUAUUACUGAAAACGAAUCGUUGGAUCUCUUAUUCAAGAUAAUAUAUCCUGAUUUGCAUACUUCUUAUCAUGAUUCUGCUUUUUUAACUUCUCGUGUUAUUUUGACGAUCAAAAAUGACUUUGUUGAUGAAUUCAAUGAUAGGCUUAUAGCCCAAUUUCCUAAAGAUGCUAGAAUAUUUGUUGCAACUGAUGAAACUGUUGAACCGGGUGAUCAGAGUCAGUUUGAAGAUUUUUUACACUCAUUGAACCCUGCUGGUUUACCUCCUUACAAAUUAACCUUAAAAGAAAAUUAUCCUGUUAUGUUGCUACGAAACUUAAAUCCUUGUAAAGGUUCGUGUAACGGUACACGACUCAUAUGCUGUAAUUUUAAGAGUCGUGUUAUAAGCGCUUAA